AUGGGAACGAAAUCUUCACCGUCUGAUAUUAUCAAUCUAAAAUUAAUUCUUGUUAGUGGUAAAACAGCUGAAUUUCAAUUUCCAUCUGCCACAACAGCAUUAGAUGUAGCAAAAUAUGUCUUUGAGAAUUGGCCCGAAGAUUGGGGAAGUGAAGAAAAAGCUGAUCGAUAUGAAGUUUUAAGAUUAAUUUAUCAAGGAAGAUUUUUACAUGGAAAUGUUACAUUAAGUGCUUUACGUCUUCAACAAGGCAAAACAACUGUGAUGCAUCUUAUUCAACGUGAACAUCUUCCUGAUUCAACAAAUGGCGAUCAAAAACGAAAACAUAAACAUGACAAUAAUCAACAAGGAACAUCACCAGAUGCAAUAGCAUCAAAUACUAAUACAAAUUCAACGCCUGGUUGUUGUGAUGCAUGUAUAAUAUUAUAA